AGUGACGUCUUUCCCAAUUUCCACCAAUCAUCAGCUCCGGCACUGAAUUUAAACCGCGUUGAAAUGAACUGUUUUCCUGUCUAAAAUCUUCUGUGGUAUAAAGCUUCAGAUUCUGAGCCAUGCCUCGAGAGCCAGUCCAGAAGAAGUCCUUCCAGCAGGGCCUGGAGGAUUUGAAGGAGAGGAUGAAGGAGAAGAGGAAUAAACGGCUGGCUAGAGCUGCUGCGCCGAGUAUUGGACGGUCAAAUUUAAACAAAAGCGGGGGAUCUGGCACGACACACACGAUCCUGAAAAGUGUUCAGAUGAACAACAAAGCGCUGGCCUUGGCCCUGCAGGCUGAGAAGCUGAAGGUGAGGCAGGCCAGCAUGGUUAUCCUGCAGCUGAAGAGGGAUCAGCAGGCCAUGCUCGCUCAACUGCUUCUGCUGAGGAAGAGAGUGGAAGAGCAGCAAGCUUUAGCAGCGGAUGCCUCAGAGGCUGACCCUGAAGACAUGCUCGGGGAAACACAGAUCCAUCAGAUGUCGCCAUGGAAACCCGUCGUCCAUAAAUCUGAGGAGAACAUUGUGGGUGAACCUUCACCAGUUUGUGCAGACCCUGAAAAGGACCAACAGUUUUGUGACAGAGUGGCUGCUUUGCCGUCAACUGUGACUGUGAGGCGUCGACACACAGACAGAACAACCAGGAGGACGUCUGAGAGACUCCGAGAACCGACUCCAAUCACUGACGGAGAUCCGGCUGGUGCUGUAAAACCAAAUCCAGUUCAUGGCGACAGUAAGAGUCAGAACCAAAUGCUGGCAGAGCCAGAGGCGGCAGAUCUCAGUGGCACAGUGGAAGUCCAUCCCUCUCCCAAACCCGCUCCUCCCAGAAAAAAACCGCAGCAGUGCACCAGGAAACAGACCCAGCAGCAGGCUCGCUCCAGACCAGAACCAGCUUCACAGAAACCCGACCGAGGCCGCAAACCAGAGCGCUCCCAGUCAAAGAAACCGUGGGAGAAUCCCAAACCCAGAGCCCGCUCAAAGAGCCGAGACCGCUCCGCAACACGGGCCAAAGCCUCAGCACCAGCACCGAAGCAGAGCAACAAGCUGAACACCACGCUGGGAUGUAACGAUACAUUUGAUUUUGACUGCGAAGAGACCAUCCACGUCAUGCCAUUUAAGGCCAAAGCUGAGGACAGCCAGCCUGCUACACCUAUAGGUGAAGAAUCCCAAACUGAAGAAGAUUCGGCAAGAUCCGAACAGAACAAGAACAGCGCAACGUCAUCCUCGGAGUCGGAAGACAGCCUUUAUGUACCUAAGAAGACAAACAAGAGGUGGAUUUCUCCUCAGAAGUCCACAGGAAUCCCCACUCGUAGAGGUCGGUCCUCGCAGGUUAUCAGGGAGAAGGGAAACGUUUCUCAAAUUCAGAAGAUUCCCAUUUACAUGGAUGAAGAGUCUGGCUCCAAAGGGGCGGAGUCUGGAGAAGACAAAGAUCCUCGUCAUUUCUCACCUGAUUCUACGCACAACUCUGCGCGUUUGGACCAGGAAAAUCCCCAACGUCACGGUGGACAGGUGGCGGGCGAUUUGCUUCCUGUCAGCCCUCUGGUUGAGGCUGAGAUGAGAAUGGAUGGGGUCCUGUCCGGUUUGGGAGAGAACCCGUGUGAGGAUAUUUUAUCCAGCCAAACACCACAGAAGGUCAAAACGGGCAGGAAACGUGGGGUUGGUGGAAGGAAAGGAGGGCAGGGCUUCAGCCUGUGUGAUGUCACAAAUAUGUCUCCCACAGCCUACCUCGACUUCCCCUGCGGCGGAGAGCGACUCUCUGCUCGAUGCUCCACCCCGGUUUCUGAUCACAAGCGGCGCCGCACCACGCUGAACUAUAAGGAGCCUUCCUUAAACGGAAAACUUCGCCGUGGCGACAAGUUCACAGACCUGCAGUUCCUCUGCUCUCCCAUUUUCAAACAGAAGUCCAGUCGGAAUGCUGUGCAGAAGUCGAAUUCUCGGAGCAGCCAGCGGUCGUUUCAGAAAUAUAACGAGUCUUUAGUUGGAUGUGGCUGAAGGUAUUUUUUAUUAGUCUUAAUGAACAUGUUUUAGAUUUACCUGAGUGGUUCCUUCAGGCACCUGUAGCCACUUUUAAGAUCCGUUCUCUUGUGUUCUGAUGGAGAUUCCUGACGUAGUAAGCUAUUUUUUAUUAUAUUUGCACUGCAUUUCAAAAUGCAGACUGUGCACAUGUAUUUUUCUGUAUGAAAGAUUAAACUUGUGUUUUUAGA